CCGUCAUUCCGGACUAUACCAAAUAUAAUCCCGCGGGGAAGCCCAUGUAACCUAAGCGUAGAAUUUAUAAGUAUAACAAACAGAGAAAAUAAGGGCAUUGUAGACAUGGCCUCCCCACGACCACCCCAAGGGCAAUCGGCCCACCAAGUCCGCAGCCUCAGCCGCCAAAAUCACGUCACCAACACCGCCGGCCUAGCCCCAGGAUACUUACAAGCCAACCUCUUAAUUCUGCCCUCGCGAUACGCCGAGGACUUCCAUAACCUCUGUCUCCGCAACCCUGUUUCCUGCCCUUUACUCGGCCUCACCUCGAAGGGUAACCCGCACACCAUCUACCCUUCUACAUGUAUCCAAGAAAAAGACUUUGACCUCCGCACCGAUUGCCCGAAAUACCGCAUCUACAAAGAUGGCAAAUACCUCGAGAGCAGGACCGACCUCCUUAACCUCUGGACAGACGACUACGUCGGCUUCUUAAUAGGAUGCUCGUUUUCCUUCGAAGACGCCCUUUCCGAAACAGGGUUGAAACCUAAGCACCAGAUCACGGGUACCAUGGUUUCAAUGUAUAAAACAUGCAUCCCAUUGUUAGCGUCCGGGAUCUUCAAAGGGGGGACUUGCAUUGUUUCCAUGCGACCGUACCGGGCAGAAGAUGUAGAGAGGGUUAGGGCUGUCACGAGGCCCUAUUUGGCCACACAUGGCGAGCCAGUGGAUUGGGGAUGGGAUGCGCUUGAGCGGCUGGGAAUUAGAGAUAUUGAGAGCCCAGAUUUCGGAGAGAGGCAGGAUUUUGAGGAGGAUGAAGUUCCAGUUUUCUGGGCGUGUGGUGUGACACCACAGAUGGCAAUUGAAUCUGCAGGAGACCGGAUCGAAGGCCUUGUGUUUGCCCAUGAACCGGGCCAUAUGCUGAUCACGGAUUUUACCGUCAAGGACUUGGAAUCAUUGGGGAAGCCUCGAUAUAAUUGACCCCACUAGUGUUUCACUUCCUUUAUUCUCCGUCUCUCUGUUGAGCUACCUUGGGUAUAUACCUCUAGUAAUUCACCAGUUAGUAAAAUGCAGUACUGGCGAGUUCUCACCGCGCAAA